ACGCAUUGGCGUAUAUUGAUUUCUUCGAUGGCGCUGCUUGCUGUUUUCCUUGCUGCAUUCCUGUUAGCUGCUACAGCAGUUCAUGUCGCCGGUCAACCAGGUUUUCUGAGCAUCGACUGCGGGCUAGACGCCGCACGCAGCCCCCGCCUGGACAGCGAAACAAACAUCACCUACGUCUCCGACGGUUCCUUCGUCGAUGGCGGGGAGAACCACAAGGUUGAAGCCAAUCAAAAUAACAGCGCCAAGAGCGUCAUCUCCCUGCGAACGCUGAGGAGCUUCCCGUACGGCAUACGGAACUGCUACACGCUCCCAACCCAGAGCGGUUCCAGAUACUUGGUCCGGAUGGAGUUCAUGCAAGGGAAUUACGAAGGCGCGAACAACGCGUCCUCCAUGAGCUUUGACCUGCACCUGGGCAGCAACUACUGGGGCACGUUCCAUGUGUACGACGCGACCUACUACUGGGCAUUUGAAGCGGUUUUCACCGCGUGGGCGAGCUGGGUGCCGGUGUGCCUGGUGAACACUGGCAACGGCACGCCGUUCGUCAACACGUUGGAGCUGAGGCUGCUCGGGGAGCUUUACCCGGAUGUUAACAUCGACCAGCCCAUGGCCAUGUUUGACAGGGUAGAUAUGGGGGUGGACGAUUUUCAAAGGUUUCCCGUCGACCCAUACGACAGGUACUGGUUUGGAUCAGCCACGUUGCAGCCCGCCAACCCAUCGUGGGUAAACAUUUCCACCCAACAUAGCAUCGCCCCUCCGGAUCAGGACAGCUGCGCGGUGCCCAUCCCCGUUCUUCAGACAGCCAUUACUACUGUAAGCAAUGGCACGGUGCUGAACGUCACGGCAUGGAACAAUUCGUUAUUAUCGUUCAAGGUGUUCCUGCACUUCACGGACUUCCAGAAUAUCCAGUCCCGGCAGUUCAACAUCAGGAUCAACGAACAAAAUGUCGACUAUUACAGCCCGACGUACCUAAAGGCUUCGAUGGUGCGAAAUUCUGGCUGGCUGGACGGCAACUAUAAUAUCACUCUUACGGCCACCAGUGACUCUCAGCUGCCCCCGCUGAUCAGUGCAUAUGAGAUAUACAGACUCAUCCCUAACGUCAUUUCGACAACGUUCUCCAAGGAUUUCGAUGCAAUGAUGGCCAUCAAGUACCAUUAUGGAGUAUUGAAAAACUGGAAUGGUGAUCCAUGUUUACCAGCCAACUAUACAUGGAGUGGAGUGAAAUGUAGUAACUCAACCGGCACUACGAGGAUAAUCUCUUUGGAUCUGUCCAACAAUAACUUGAAUGGAUCUAUAUCUGAUAAGUUCAAAUUGCUCACCGAACUCCGAUUCCUGAAUCUGUCUGGCAAUAAUUUGAAUGGCCCAAUUCCGUAUACCCUCUGUAAAAACAAUGGAGGACCACUCGUUUUCAGAUCUGAAUCUGGUGAAGAUAUGUGCAACAAAAUAAUAAGUCCGCCUCCAUCAAAAAAUAAAAUAGCUAUAAUAUCUAUUUCAGUAGUGGUUCCCAUUGUGGUACUGGUUGUACUUGUUAUUUCAUGUUUGAUCUGGAGAAGGAAGAGAAAGCCCCAAAUCUCUACGUAUGAUCAUCGCAACGCGCAAAAACCUAGUAGUGAUGCAGUAAGCAUGAAAAGUCAUGGGGAUCACCUGCACAAUUCUGAAAAUCGCCAAUUCACAUACAAGGAGCUUGAGAAGUUUACUAAUAAAUUUGAACGGUCCAUUGGACAAGGAGGAUUUGGUCUCGUGUACUACGGCCGUUUAGAAGACGAUACUGAGGUUGCUGUCAAGAUGCGAUCCGAGACAUCGUCACAUGGGCUUGAUGAGUUCUUAGCCGAGGUCAAUAGCUUGACAAAGGUGCACCACAGGAAUCUAGUUUCUUUGGUUGGUUACUGCUGGGAGAUGGAUCAUUUGGCACUUGUUUACGAGUACAUGUCUCAAGGCAGUCUUUGUGAUCUAUUGAGAGGAAAAAGAGGUAUUGGUGAAACCUUGAGUUGGGGGACACGUGUAAGAAUUGUGCUUGAAUCAGCACAAGGCAUGGACUAUCUUCACAAGGGGUGCAGCUUGCCAAUAAUUCACCGGGAUGUGAAAACCAACAACAUUCUCUUAGGUCAAAAUUUCCGAGCAAAAAUAGCUGAUUUUGGACUAUGCAAAACUUAUUUCAACGACAUGCAGACUCAUAUAUCAACCAAUGCAGCUGGAUCAGCAGGUUACAUGGACCCCGAGUACUACCACACUGGCUGGCUCACUGAGAGUAGCGAUGUUUAUAGCUUCGGUGUUGUCCUACUUGAGGUAGCCACCGGUGAGGCUCCAAUAUUGCCAGGCCAUGGCCACAUUGUUCAACGUGUGAAACAGAAGAUUGCCAGUGGGAACAUCAGCAUGGUAGCUGACCCUAAGCUAGGAGGUGCCUAUGAUGUCAACUCCAUGUGGAAACUGAUUGACACUGCAAUGGCUUGCACAUCGGAUGCUGCUAUUAGAAGGCCAACAAUGGCUGUCGUGGUGGCCCAGCUGAAAGAGAGCCUUGCAUUGGAAGAAUCUCGCGAGGAUAAUAGCGUCCUGGGAAGCUUCAUGAGUGCUGCUGGAGCCCCGGUGUCCACAUUUGGUCCAUCAGCAAGAUGAAGUUACCACUUGCCUCGAUUUUUUCCAUGAUAUCGUUGAUAGGUCUCUAUUACAACAUGAUGUUGUGAAUAAUAUUUGUAUCACGGUAAACUUGUGGGCAUGUGGGUGCGCACUACUGUGGGCAUUGGUGUUUAAUGCAUGUAUGUGUGUGUUGCAUUGAUUAUGUUCCGUGUGCAAACAAUAUAAGGUGUGGCUUAGUGGAUGUGCUUGUAUUCCCUUUAAUUAUAUUAAGGUCAAUUGGUGUGGUUUCACAAAUUGUUGUUUUGUCAUCAUGAUGAGAAAUGUAAACAUUUUAUUCUGGUGUAAAUUUCUCUGUGAUAGUAGCUUUGAACUUGUACCUCCUAGUAGUGUUGUAAAUAUUUCGGACAAUUGCUUA